UACAUCGCUUGGAAAGGCCAAAAAGGGUCGGGACGGGAAGGGAAGUGAGCUGAUGUCACCGACCGAGGUGCGUUGAAUCCGACGGCAUCAACGUCUCAACGACGCGCUUUUACUGCCUCAUUCUGCCAACCUCCGCCUCAGGACUUAGGAGCUUAUCCCUUCCUUGAUCUCGAUCCCGCAGCAUUGGCUGCGUUUCACUGCUUGUGCGGCGCCGAAUAAUCUCCUCUUGGAUCCAAUCGGCUUGGUGCCGCUGAGGUUCCAAGAACCGCGGAGACGAGCGGCGGCGGCCGUUGCGGUGGAGGGAGGGGCAUAGGAGGAACCGGAACAAUGGCGCCGCCGCCCGAUGCGGUAGCAGGCGGGAGCUUGGUGGCCGCGGCUUAUAGAGGCAUGUCCGACGACAAUAUCAAGGGCUUGGCUCUCGCCCUCUCCUCUAGCGCCUUCAUCGGGGCUAGCUUUAUCGUCAAGAAGAAGGGUCUGAAGAAGGCCGGCGCGGCCGGGGAUAGGGCAGGUUUUGGAGGUUAUUCUUACUUAUAUGAGCCACUUUGGUGGGCAGGCAUGAUUACUAUGAUUGUUGGGGAAGUUGCCAAUUUUGCUGCUUAUGCAUUUGCUCCCGCAAUUCUUGUAACUCCACUUGGGGCACUUAGCAUUAUAAUCAGUGCUGUGCUGGCUCACAUUAUACUGCAGGAAAAGCUGCAUGUUUUCGGUAUUCUUGGCUGUGCGCUUUGUGUUGUGGGAUCAACAAUGAUAGUUCUUCAUGCUCCACAGGAAAGGGAUAUCGAGUCAGUGAAAGAAGUAUGGGAUCUUGCUACCGAACCAGUUUUUCUCUGCUAUGCAACUAUUGUGAUUUCAGCCUCUUUAGUGCUUAUAUUCUGCUAUAUCCCCAAGUAUGGGCAGACAAAUAUAAUGUUCUAUCUUGGUGUUUGUUCGUUGGUUGGUUCUCUAUCGGUCAUGAGUGUCAAGGCCCUUGGGAUUGCGCUGAAAUUGACAUUUUCUGGAAUGAAUCAAUUGAUAUAUCCACAAACUUGGGCAUUUACCAUUAUCGUUCUUAUUUGCGUGGUUACACAAAUCAACUAUCUAAACAAGGCACUUGACACUUUCAAUACUGCUGUUGUAUCACCAAUUUACUAUGUAAUGUUUACGUCAUUGACCAUUUUGGCUAGCGUAAUCAUGUUCAAGGAUUGGGAUCGACAAAACCCCACACGAAUUGUCACGGAGAUGUGUGGUUUUGUGACAAUUCUUUCUGGCACAUUUCUGCUUCACCAGACAAAGGACAUGACUGAUGAUGGUUCAUUUGUUUUGUCACGAUCCCUAUCUCUGCGACAGCCUAAGCAUGCUGAUGAGAAUAGUGUAAGAUAUGAAGGAAUACCUCUAAAGUAUGUCGAGGCAUAAAAUACUCCUGAUGGCCUUUGCAUAGUUACACAUCGUUUUAUAUAUACAUUUUCUUUUUCCAAUUUGUGAAAUAAUAUACAUUUUAUUCUUUAAGUUAAAUUCUAGGAAACCUGAUAUAUAUAUAUAAUGACAUCCAUUUGUAAUAUUUUUCUCAUUGUAUGCUUCAAAAUUUUCAAACUUUUGUAUUAAUUCCACAUAUGGAAGAUUAUAUUGGUGAAUCUUUUGUAUCA